AUGCAAACCCGCUUCGAGACUAUGUGGUCGCGUGAACAGCAGGACAGUAUACAAACUUUUGCUAUAAUCUGUUCCGAGAUUAUCACGAAGAAGUCGGCUUGGGAUCUCGAGAAUCAGGACUACGACAUGGACGAGUUGAUUUACAAGAUCAAACGAGGGGGUCGAUCGCCUAUACGGCCAUCUUUGGAGACCGAUGAUGAGCACAACGCAAGCCUUUCGCUGCUGGUUCGUGACUGUUGGAAUGAAGAGAUUGACGAGCGCCCUUCUUGCACUCAAAUAAGGACGCUCGUUAAGGGACUCAACACAAACAAGUCCUCCAAUCUCAUGGAUCACGUUUUCAACGUGCUUGAGCAAUACGCAUCCAACCUUGAGGAAGAGGUGCAAGCAAGAAUGCAGGAAUUGACAGAGGAGAAGAAAAAGAGCGACAUACUUCUGUACAGAAUGCUUCCAAAGUGA